AUGAUCCCCUUCACCCGGCGCCGCGGCGGGCCAGAGUGGUACCAGGACAAGCGGGUGAUCAAAGCGGCGGCCUGCCUCUCUGGCUGCGCCGUGAUCACCCUGUGCUGCGGCAGAUUCGAGACCGUGCCCUACUCCAACCGCCGCCACUUCAUCGUCCUCCCGCCAUUGGCGGAGGGAUUCCUGGGGAAGUGCUUCUUCGCGCGUUCCAAGAUUGAGCUGGCCUCCAAGAUCCUCCCUCCGGAACACCCCGACAGCGUUCGAGUCCGCAAGAUCACCAUGGACAUCGUUCGCGCUGCAGAACGCGGACUCGCCGGACAUCUCGAUCGGCUCGACUGGGAGGUGAUCGUCGUCAAAGAUAAGCUUGUCAACGCGUCGUGCCUUCCCGGUGGCAAAAUUAUAGUCUACACAGGACUCCUGGAACAGAUGGAGAUGGAUGCUGAGGUUGCGACUGUGCUUGGGCAUGAGGUUGGCCACGCUAUUGCAAGACACGUAGCGGAGAACAUCACCAAGUUCAUGUGGUUUGUCGUCCUGAAAAUUGUUUUCCUGCAGUUUAUUGACUUGGAAGAAGAAGAUGAGUUGAUUGAUGGAAUGUGGAAAGUAUUGUUUCAGCUGCCCUUCUCCAGAAGGAAUGAGAUCACCCAAGUUCUGCCUGAGAUCCGCGGGGCCCAGCUGUACGGUUUCCUCGAUGGAUCGGCGGUGGAACCAGAGAAGACCCUGAAGACGAAGGACAUGGAAGGGGCUGAGGUGACAAUUCCCAACCCCGAGCAUGCGCGGUGGAUAGCGCAGGACCAGACGGUGUUAGGUUUUCUAGUCAGGAACAUGGCGAAAGAGGUCUUGACACAGAUGGUUGGUCUUCCGACGUCUGCAGCUGUCUGGAAGGCUGUGGUGGAGAUGUUCUCCGCCCAAUCGCAGUCCCGUGUGGUGCAUCUUCGCACCAAGUAG